AUGCCUCUGAAACUUCUCUUCAUCCCUCCACGUUCAGUGGGGCAUGUUUUCCCAGUCUCCACCCUGCGCUCUAAUGGUGAUGCUUGUGGUGGAGACCUGGCAGGGGAAAAUCUCUUCCACAUGCUCCCAGAGACAGUAAAUGGAUGGCUUGGCUGGCUCGGCUCCGUGUGUCCCCUGCCCUGCCUCCGUACUAUUUCCAGCCCUGACUCCUGCCUCCAGACCAAGCCUGUAUUUUUCUCAGAGGGAGCAGCGCUGCCCGGUCGCAAACAAAUUGAAAUCAUAAGCAUUUUUGCACUUCCCGCUGCCAUCCUAAACUUAGAAAAGAGGUUAGGGGAGCCCGUCAAGGUCCACAAUGACGACAAGAUACGCCGACAGAAGCUGCAGCAGCAGCAGAAGAAGAAGAAGAGCGAUUCUCAACUAAAAGGCGCUAAUACCGAGACGGAGAGUGAUCCUAACGAAUCCCAUCCAGGCGUCGAGCUCAGUGCUGCUCUGGUGAAGCUCUCUGUAGAUGCAGGUCCUGCUCCCUCCACCAGGGAGCGCUCUGACAUCAGGAAAGUCAAGACCACAGACCUGCCAGAGCUGGAGCACGUGUUUGCAGAAGGGCUCUAUUUCACUCUCACCGAUGUCGUCCUGCUGCCCUGCGUCCAUCAAUACCUGAUCUCCCUCCGAAAGCACUCUCCCUCCACCCUCUCUAAUCUCCCGUUGCUGCUGAGAUGGUACCAGCGUGUACGGGAGCUCCCCAGCGUACUGAGGGCCGCAAAGGAUUGUGGGAUGGCCCUCCUCGGUCUCAGCACGGUUGACCUUUGCCCUGCCCAGCCGGUGGCCCCACGACCCAGUGCAGCGGAGCAGGAGAGCUCGGAAACGAAGCAAGAGCCCUUCGUCGGGGGCCCACGGCCAACUCUCGGCAAACUGCAAGAGAGUGGGAUAGACGCUGUUUAUACCGCUCACCCUUGCCCUUCAUGGACAGUUGAUUGGGAAAGCCUACCGGCAGCUGUCAACCCCACUGAAGGUAAGAUGUCAGACGCCCGCGCCGUGCGCAAACAACAGCAGCUCAACAACCUGGUUGCCAUGGUGAUGGAGCAGGCCCGCCACGGGCACACGGUGGUGGAUUUCUGCAGCGGGGGGGGGCACGUUGGGAUUGUUUUGGCGUACACACUUCCUAAAUGUCAGGUUAUUCUUAUUGAAAAUAAAGAGGAGUCACUGGUCAGGGCCAGAGACCGAAGCGCUCAGCUUGGAUUGACAAACAUUGGCUUCAUCCAGACAAACCUUGACUAUUUCACUGGAAACUUUAACAUUGGGGUGGCCCUGCAUGCGUGCGCGGUAGCGACAGACAUGGUGUUGGAUCGCUGCCUCCAGGCGCGGGCGGGAUUUGUGAUUAGCCCUUGCUGCUACGGCUUCAUUCAAAACACGCUCAAAUUCAACUUUCCCAAGAGCGCGAGGUUUGUGGAGACUUUGAGCUAUAAGGAGCAUAUGAUCCUGUGCAGGUUUGCAGACCAGACGGCUGUCAGUUUACCCUCAGAACGAUGAUUAAUCGGUAAG